UCCACUUUUUAUCGAUUACAGCUUGUUGGCUUGGAUUGCAUUAACUUAUAAAUAUGACUAGUGCAGCAUCACUUUUAUCAGCAUUUGAUUUACUGGAGAAAGAGUUUGAUCGAGCUUAUGUGGACCUUGACCUACUUCUCGGUGAUACAGAACUUGAUGAUGUUGAUGAUAUUUUGCAAACAGCGAAAGAGAAGAUGAGUUCUCUCAGUUCAUGUUUUUCUCAGUUAUGCCACAAAUCACAAAGUGCUGCUCAGAGGAAUGUAAAAUUAGAGGCAGAACUCAUUCACUAUCGAACUGAAUUAUUGGAUUGUCGUGCAGAAGUGGAGGCAUUAAAAGCAGAAUCAAACACACUUCUUCGUCAAAUCCACGCACUUCAACUUCAAUUACACAGCACAACAACUUCAGAUCCAAUGGAUGCAACAAAAAUAAAAGAAAAUCUGGAACAAGAAUUAAGAAAUUUUAAGAAAGAUGCGAAAGAGCAAGCAUUAUUAGGAGAAACUGUAAAAUUAUAUGAAACUCAAAAUGAGAAACUCAAAGAAAGGUUAGCAUUGUCAGAGAAAGAGUUGUUUGGUGCAAGAUUGGCUGCAAAAUAUCUUGACAAAGAGUUAGCAGGAAGAAUUCAACAAAUUCAACUUUUGGGAAGAAAUAUACAAACAAAUAAUUUUGAAAAGAUGUGGAGUCAGUUAGAAGCUGAAAUUCAUUUACAUCGACAUAAAACAGUCAUAAAAGCUUGCAGGGGAAAUGGAAAUCUACCUUCACCCCCACAGCAUAUAAAUAAUGAUGGUCCACAAAACCAGGGUGUUGGUCAUGUACGAAAGGUUACAAUUGAAAAAAGGCCUGAAGAGGGUUUAGGAAUAUCAAUAACGGGAGGUCGGGAUCAUGGCGUGCCUAUUUUAAUAUCAGAAAUUCAUCCAGGAGGUAUUGUUGAACGUGUUGGUGGUUUAUAUGUUGGAGAUGCAUUAUUAUCUGUCAAUGAGGCAAGCUUGCGGGAUGUUAAACAUGCAGAAGCUGUCCAACUUUUAUGUCAAGAGAUUAAUUCUAUGACAUUAGAAGCUGUUUAUGUUACACCUGAAGAAGAUUAUUAUAGCAACGGAUCAGAAGUUGCUUCUGUAACGUCAUCUGUUAUUGAGGAAGAGCAAGACAAAGUUUAUAAAGAGCCAAUAUCUGAGAAAACUACAGAGAAAUGAGAAAAACAAAACUGAAUAAAAUAGUGGACGCCAGAACAUAUGUUGGACAAGUGGAAUAUUUUUUAUAGCCUUAUCAUCAUAAAUCUUUUAUUAAUGGUUUAUUUGUUUUAGAUUGAAAUUUAUAUAUAUAUUCAAUAUUCAAGGCAAAGUUGUAUGUUUCAUGGAAUUUUUACAAUAGGAAAAUAUAUUGGCUAUAUCCGAUAAUUCAAUCCAUGAUUGAUGACGGAUUAUCAGUUUGCUCCCAUGAACAAUCGUAACCAAUGUUCCCUCUAAUUUUUUGUAGUAUGUGUGCGCAGAAAUUUUGGUGUGUGCGCACUUUUUUGGAAAUGACUAAUAUUUGUGCAAAAACCAAUGAAGAAAUUUUGGCGUUCUAACCGGGUAAUGGGUGGGCCAACAACAAACUUUCUCAACCUGCCAAUCGAGAACAUUGUUACAUUACAUCGAGAUACGUCUGUGCGCAGUAAAUCUAUGCGUGUGCGCGCGCACACCUUGGAGGGAACACUGAUCGUAACCAUUUUAUUUUUUGUCUGCUGUAUUCAUAAAUUUGUCCCAACAUAUAAAUCAUAUAUAUUAUUAUCAUAUUCCUGACAAUAUAUUUUUCAAAAACUGAUUCAGCAGCAGGGUUGGGUGAAUACAUGAGUAAGAAGAAAAACGUGGUCACGGCUUGUUUUAUCAUAUACUUUCGCCACUUGUGCAUGCUUGGUUUACGAAAUCUUUAAAUAAAAUAUUUUUCGAUUUGUGUUUUUGCGAAGAAAUUUAGAAACUUUAGUUUAGGUAUAUGCAAGUGAUAAAUUGUAACCUGUUUUUUUGCUGUCGCGUUUUAAGUUUACAACUGGAAAUUGUCGGAUGCCUCUGCUAUUAUAUUAUAUUUAUGUGCAAUUGUAUGGAAACUGCUACUUUUAUAUUCAUCUGGAUAAAUUGGAAAAAAUCA